AUGCAAGACAAGGUCCUGAUGGGCGGCGUGUGCGACCACCUGAACAUCAACACCUUCGCCUCCCUUCGCGAAGUACUACUCUCCGGCGGCGACAUCGAAGAGUGGGCCUUGGGACGCACCUCGGUGUUAAUUGCCGUUGCAAGCCAAAGUACUGACCCGCCGCUGAGGACAGUCGUACUGAAGCUCGGGAGUCUGGCCAAGUCCAUCCUUGAUCCAGAGUUCCUGUCGCCGAAGGCUCUCGCGAAAGCCCGACGUCUCUGUCGCGAGAGUCUGACCGAAUGGCUAUUCUCAAUGGCUGCAGCUAUCGACGAUGACACCGACGUACCAAAACCCAUCGCCCUACAACAAGCGCUUAUUUUCCGCUUGAGAGCCGGAGUUACAUCCACCAAGGCUUUGGUGAAGAGGAUCUGCGAAGUCGACAUCGGUGUCAAUAGAUCGUGCAUCACCGGUCUUAGCGACAGUACGGUCCUCAGGUUCAUGUUCACGAGUGCAUGCGAUGGCGAAUCAGAGGAGUUUGCAGAAGUCGCUUUUUGGAAGGACCGUACCGAGGUCAUCCUUGAGCCGCAAUGGGUCUCUCGCCUUGAGGUCGCAGCGAAGCUGGAGUACAUGAUUACCAACGGGAGUGCGUCUGACUAG